CUUAUGUAGUCAUCUGAAUGUCAUUCAGUAUAAACGUGACGCCUUUAAUUUAUAAACUAGAGAUCCCUGGCUGUUUCCCAUCUUGUCUCAUAACGGGCCCCGUGGCCAGCUGUGCGAGCAAGAAGCUCCGCUCAGUCCCUCCUCUCCCCCGUAACAUCACCCACCUGUACCUGGAGAUGAACUACAUCAGCGAGAUCAACUCCACCUCCCUGACAGGCCUGGAGGAGCUGCAGGAGUUGGACCUGGGGAGACAGCGGGUGCCGCUCGUGAUCAGGAACGAGGCCUUCAGCGGACAAAGACGUCUGAAGAGGUUGAUACUCGGCUUCAACGUUGGCCUUCAGCUGGAGCCGCUGGCUUUUGAGGGCCUGUCUGGUCUGUGCGACCUCCACCUGGAUUACUGCUCACUCAAUGACUCCAUACUGAGUGGCCCUUAUCUGGAGCCUCUGUCGGCUUUAGAGACUCUCGACCUGUUUGGAAACCAGAUUAUGAAACUACAGCCAUCGCUGUUCUUUGCUAACAUGACUGAGUUGAAGGUCUUGAACCUCAAGCUGAACAAAAUUGGUAAAAUAUGUGAGUCAGAUCUUAUUGGCUUCCGGGGUAAACGCUUCACAGUUCUGAACAUGAACUCAGUCCGACUCAAAAAAAUGUCAAAUUAUAGCUUUGACUGGCAAAAAUGUGGCAAUCCUUUCAGAGGGAUGUCUUUUGAGACGCUUGACUUGUCCUACACUGGACUAAGCGUUGGUCAAAUACAGCACUUCUUCACCGCCAUCAAGGGAACGAACAUCACCCACCUUAAACUCUCCGGACACAUCGGCAAAGGGUUUUCAUUUAAUAAUCUCCCUGAUCCGGACCACAGAACCUUUGAGGGUCUGAAGAGCAGUUCUGUCUUCUCUUUGGACCUGUCUCAAAACAGGAUAUUUGCUUUGCAGCAAGGGGUUUUCAGUCCUCUGAGAGAUGCCGUAACCAUUGAUGUUUCCCAAAACAGGCUGAAUCAGAUCCACAGAGGUGCCUUCAACGGUCUUCACGGUCAUUUGAAAAUGCUCAACCUGUCACACAACCUGCUUGGGGAAGUCUAUUCUCACACAUUUGUUUCUCUAGCAAACCUGCGCGUGUUAGAUCUGUCUCACAAUCACAUUGGCGUUUUGGGUUUUGGCUCAUUCAGUGGACUCUCUCACCUGGAGGCGUUAAAUCUGGCCGGGAACUCUCUGAGAGAUUUAGGCUUCCCUGCAACCCUGCCGAGUUUAAACUAUAUCACGCUGAACGACAAUAAACUGACAUCCGUGAGAACAUUUGCUUGGUUUGCAGUAAACAUUGUGCAUCUGGAUAUUCGAGGCAACAGGCUAACAAACCUGGAGGAUGUUUACAGCUUGGUGACGCAAAUGAAACCUCUCCAGCGUCUCCUCUAUGGGGGAAACUCGAUCAGGUGGUGCACACCCGGCGGGCAAGUCGGACUGAACAAGCUUGAACUUCUGGACCUUCACAGCAGCUCUCUGCAGACUGUCUGGGCACUGGGCACAUGUCUGGAUCUUUUCGACAACCUUGGGAAUGUUACCAAGAUGAACUUGAGCUCGAAUGGCCUGCGGUCUCUUCCUCAGGGAGUUUUUAAAGGUCUGACCUCCUUGGUAGAGCUGGACCUCUCAUCCAACACGCUGACCCACCUCCAGUCUGACGUGUUCCCCCAAAGCGUGAAAGUUCUCCACCUCGCCAGCAACUUCAUAGCCUCUCCUGACCCCGCGUCCUUCGGCUCGCUGCGCUUCCUCGACCUCGGAAUGAAUCGCUUCCACUGUGACUCCAACCUGAGGAGCUUCCUGACGUGGCUGAACAGGACCGAGGUGACACUCUCAAGUCCGGCUCAGGAGCUCAGGUGUGAGUUUCCCCUCCGUUUUCAGAACGUACCUCUGUUAGACUAUCAGGCUUCCUGGCUGAGAAAAGAAUAG